UGCGCCAUUUAUUUCCAGAUUAAUUUUUUUUUACACGGGAUUCACUGGUGUGUUAAAAUAGACCGUGGACGUGAACACGAUUUGCCCUCGCAAUGGAUUCAGAAAGACAGAAGCGCAAGGAGGAAAUAGAGAAAGCCCUGGGAUUCAUUCAGUCAUCUUUGCCUUUCCCUGAUCCUGAAGCUUAUGAGGCAUUUUUGACUCAGUUAGUGUGUAACCUGUUGGAUGAAGGUAACGCAGUAUUUCGUGAUGGAGAUUGGAGGCAGGCAGCUGCACACUACAGUGAAGGUGUGAACGUAGCUCGAUAUGCCCAGUCUGAAGCACUGGUCAUUCCUCCAGAACUGCUUGAAAGUCUUUAUGUGAACAGAGCAUCUGCACACUAUAGCCUUGAAGAGUAUGAGCAAGGGGUGCAGGACUGUGAUUACGCACUAGCUGUGUGUGAGGGCAACCGGAGAGCACUCUACAGGAAGGCACUGUGCCUGAGAGAGCUGGGUCGAUUCAGAGAGGCCUAUGAGUGUGGCACGGGGUGCUUGCUCACUGCCCCUCAUGACAGACAAGUCAGUGAGCUGGCUAAGGACCUGGCCAAUAAACUUGGUCUAAAAAUCCGCAAAGCUUAUGUUAGUCCUCAGGUUGAAUCCACAACAUCUGGCCCAGCAAGUAAUGGGGAAACUGCACCUUCUGCAGGGGAGACAUCCUCAAAUGGUCUUGAGUCGCUGACAGAUAUUGGGCCAGAUUUGUCAAAUGCCCAGUGCAUCCCUGCACCUUUGGCCACCCCAAUUCCUGUCAGUGAUGACCCUGCAAUACCCUCGUUGAGUCCCGUAGUUCCCCAGGACACACCUGAGAGCCCGAGUCAGGGGCCCACAGGGCAGGUGCAGUAUUCUGUGCCAGUGUCUGAGGACGUGGGUGAAUGUGUGAUUAAUACGAAUCUGGACAGUCUACUGGAAAAAGGAGCCGAGGUCAGCGUGACCCCUGUUCAAGGUGCCAUUCCUACUAACCUUCCCAACACAGCUGUCGGGUUGCGUACGACCUACGCCUCUUCAUCCCUACCUACUCCCCCUUAUUUUGGCACCACCAUCAGCCCCCUCACUCAGCUGGACACUUUUUCUGCACUUGGCCAGAGUGAGAGCUCACAAGCCAUGGAGUCUGUCCUCCCUUUCACCGCUGGGGCUGGAGACGCUGUUGGGAGGGCCAGAGCUGAAUCACUCAGCACGCAAGGACUUGACUCUCUUUCUGAAUAUACAUAUCCAGGAGGAAGAGUCCCUAGUAGUGUCUUCUCUGGAUUACGGAACCAUAGUACCAUUCACUCAAAUGGCUCAGCUGCUACCAACCUUUCCCUCUUGUCCCAGAAUCCACUGGCUGCCACCCAUGAGUUCAGACAGGCCUGUCAUGCCUGCUAUAGUCGCAUAGGUCCUAGAGUCAUGGAUUACAAGUAUCAGCCCGAAGCAGCUCAUCGUUGUAAAAGAGAUGUGUUGCUCUGUCGCCUCAAAUCAUCUGAAGACACCACUUGGAAGAGGAUAAGACCUCGCCCUGCCCGCAAUAACUUCCUUGGAGCAUUUGUUCUUUGCAAAGAAGUGCAGGAGCGUCAGGAGUGCCAGUAUGGAGAAAACUGCACGUUCGCUUAUUGCCAGGAGGAGAUAGAUGUAUGGACCCAGGAGAGGAAAGGAGCUUUAAGUCGAGAGCUCUUAUUCGACCCGCUGGGCACAAAUGAGAGACGAGCACUUAGUGUCACUCGCUUGUUGCAGAUUCAUAUGGGCAUGUUCAUGUUCCUCUGUGAGGAAUGUUUUGACAGUAAGCCUCGUAUUAUCAGCAAGCGCAGCAAAGAGAAUCUAGGUGUCUGCUCCAACCUGACUGCAAAGCAUCCUUUUGAUGAUAACAAGUGCCUGGUGCAUGUGGUACGCUCAGCCAAUGUGCGCUACAGUAAGAUUCGUCCGCUCCAUCCACUAUGCCAGUUUGAUGUAUGCCGCCAUGAGGUGCGCUACGGCUGCCAGAGGGAAGACAGCUGUUCUUUUGCUCAUUCAGUUAUUGAGCUCAAAUGCUGGGUGCUGCAACAGGACACAGGUAUCACCCAUGAAGAGAUGGUGCAGGAGUCUAAGAGACACUGGCAAAGACUGGAGCAGAAUGCACAAAGACAGAAGCCCAUGCAUAUGCCUCAUCAAACUAGCAGUAAUUCUGUGAGCAAUGCCGGUUUUGGGACUGGAGGAGGGGUUGGAGUGGGUGGUGACGGUAUUGGAGGUGGAGGCUCAGGAGGAGGCACGUGUGGUCGAGGCCGUGGGCUCAACCUCAAGAUGAAGUUUGUGUGUGGCCAAUGCUGGAGGGAGGGCCAAGUUAAUGAGCCAGACAAGGCACUGAAAUAUUGCACUGCAAAAGCCAAACACAGCUGGACAAAAGAGCGCCGAGUCCUGUUGGUAAAAUCGUUUGAAAAGAAAAAGUGGGUAGUUGUGCGGCCACUGCCUUUCUCUCGAACUUAUCCCCAGCAGUAUGAUAUGUGUGUUCAUGUGAUGAAACAGAAGAAGUGCCACUACAUUGGGAACUGCUCUUUUGCACACAGUUCAGAAGAAAGAGAUGUGUGGACUUACAUGAAGAACAACAGUUUGAGAGACAUGCAGCAGAUGUAUGAUUUAUGGCUAUCGCUGACCAAUCAGAACCGUCGAUCAGAUGGCCCUCUCAUGACUCCACCUCCAGAAGAAAAACAGAACGCUAUGCCUGCUGACUACACUGAGUCAGUGGCUGGGCAGCGCAUGUCAGGAAGUGGGGAGCUGUGACCCCGACCAAAGCAUUGAGUGAUGGGCCUUGCAACUGCCUGGAUGAGGCUUCUUGUCACGAGAACCAGUCAGUUUGUAUUCUCCAUUCCGUUCAGUGCAACUUUAGGAAGCACUGUAAUCUCCUGCUAACGGCCUGACUGUAAGCCUAACAUGGUGAUAGUGAACACAAACGUACAUGCUUUCUCAUUCAUGCCCAAAAUACAUUUGUUGACGUUACACUUGGCUGCGUAUUUUGUAUUCAAACCAGUAAUGACAGCCUAUGUAAUUUAAGGUCAUUUUAAAUUCUUUAACAAAAUUAUGCCAGUUUAAUAUACGAGUGGUUCCUUACUCUGUAUUCUUGCCAUAUUGGCAGAAGAUGAUUGAAUAGCCAGUAAAGGUCCUCCAAAAGUGAUGUGAAAUUGAUUGAACACACCUUGGCAGAGAUCCUUUGCCUGUCUGGCUGUUUCUUUAUAGAACUAGCAUGUAGGUUUGCUGCCUGUCUAUUUCCACCAUCCAGCCCUGCGUGCCCAAACUUGCAUUCAGUUUGCACUGAGUGUGCUGUGAAAAGGGGCAGCGUUUCGUAAUGAGUUAAGGAAGGCACUUGAGAGCAGGGAUUGGAAAAGUCUGCUCCUCCAGUACAGUAUCAUCUGACCAGUCAGAUAUAAGCGAACUUAGUUAUCAUAGUUUUGCGGAGCAACGUGAUGGCUUUGACUGAGCAGUUUAAGAAGCAUAAGUGAUUGGAAUUGGACUCGUUCGAGCUUAUUUACCCUGUGCCAUCAUAAAACUUUGGAUCUCGCUAGGCUAUAUUCUAAAACGAGUUCUUGAAUUUAUAGCAGUUUGACUUGAAACAGAUCCACAAUUCUCCAUCAAUCAUAUUUACUCAUUUCAGGCAAGGAACCUGAAUGAAAUUGAUCUUGGACGACUUUAGGCAGAUAAACUUGAUAUUGUGUGCCUAUGCGUAAUUAUAUCUCCCCCCCCCAAAAAAAAAUAAAAUAAAUAAAAUAUAUAUAUAUAUGUACACCUAUGAUAUACCUUGCUACUUUUAGUAAGCCCUGUCCAUACGUAUGGUGGACAUACAUAUUUACUAUACUACUAAUGAUUAUUGAUAACCUAGUAGUUAAAGCUUAAUUAAAUAUAGCCUGACCUUGUAUUGAUUACAUAGAACCUGUUGUUAUUGAACUAUGCUAUAUGACUUGUAUUGCUGAUUAGAUGACUAGUGAUUUUUCUUCUCGCUUCUGUGAGGGUCAUUCCAGAAAUCAGUUUCGUGAAGUUUCCCCCAGCCUUAUACCAUCAACUCAAAGAAAGGAAUAACUGUAAAUCUUACUGUUUGCACAUUAAUGCCUUAGAAAUAAUGAGAACUUUAUGAAUUUGAGGCAGGGAGUUGUCUGGAUUUCAACACGUAUGAAUACAGUGAGGGGAUUUCUGGAAUGAUCUUAAUGUAUGCUUCAGUGAGGGAUUGUAUUAUUAUUAUUAUUAUUAUUAUUAUUACUACUACUACUACUACUACUAUGAUUAUGAUGAUGAUUACUAUUAUGACUGUCUAUCCUCCUAUAUUCUAUUGAUAUGUAUAUGUUAAUUGCAAUGUAUAACUCAAGUAUAUGUAACAAUGUAUGAACAUAAAACAUAACAGUGAAUAGUCUAUGUAUGCUGAGAGACUCGGUUUAGGGAGGAGGUGCUGUGUAGAUACAUGUGCUUGAGGUUUUGAGAUGGUCAUUAGUUUAUUCUUGAGCUAGAAAACAAGUACAGUUUGAGUUUACAAAGAAGUGUUAGACCAUUGCUUUUGCUCUCAUUUCUUUGGAAUGUGUUUUGUUGCGAUUUCUAUUGGUAGGAACUACCAUGUGCCUUUAUUUUACCUUUUGAUAUGGCCGAUGGAUUAAGUAGAAUGAUAAUAUGGAGAUUAUAUUUCAAAAUGCAUAGCUUCACCUGCCUGGUUCUGAUGGUCCUCAAGCACAUGUGUUUGUCAGCUGUAUUGUGAGGAAAUGCUAAGCAUACACACAAGUUGGUGUUGUUUUUUUUCUCCUUUUUUUUGUGUGCAUAGCACCUUUAUACAAUAUAAACAUAUAUACGAUUAUAAAUAUCCUGAACAUAUAUAAUCUUUCUCCUUCAAUAUAUGAUAAAUAUAUACAUACUUAGACAACUUCAAUAAUGAAAUAGAUGCAAGGUGGUGGACAGGUUUUGUGGUUUGUUUUAUUGGCUGAUGUGAUUGGUUGUGGCAUGCAGCUCCAGUUAUCUUGAAUGAACUCCUGUGGAACAUCGACACUUUCCACAGACCUGUUUUUUUUUUUUCUGGUUUUGGUCGCAGUUUCCACUCUUGAUGACAGGUAGACAAUCAGAGGAAGUGUAAGUAAGCUGAGAAGGAGGUGCAGAGAGACUCGGUUUACAGACACGGUCUCAAUCAUGAGGAUGUUUGCAAACCGUCAUAUCAAAGGGUCACUGAAUCUCUGGCCACCGUUUUAUUUAAUGGGGUUAAGAGAGCAUCAUCCACGCAACUAAAUCACAUCCCUGUCAUUUUCAACUUGAGUUUGCUUCAUUUGAAUGUGAACAUAUGGUAUUUUGGAUUUUCUUGGACUUUGACUCCUUCCCCAAGUAGUUGGAACAAAUGGGGAGAGAUUGCACAUGGUUAGAACUUUGUGUUUAAUACUCUCUAAAGCAGACAAUUAAACAUUGAUCUUGACAUGAUGUUCCAUAUUUUAUCCUGAAAAGAUGUUAUGUCUCAACAGAACACAGAAUUAUGGAUAAUGUUUUAUCCUGAGAUGAUGUCUUUUCACCAGAACACAAUUAUGGAUAAUGUUUAAGAUGCUGUUCUCCGUCAAGAUUAUUUUUCAACUCGCUGAGAAAAAUUCAGGGUUUUUGGAAAGGAAAAAAAUAACAAUGCCUCUUUUUGUACUGUAUUUUUACAUUGUUUGUUUUGUUUCUCCUUUUUGCUCCCUUAUUGGAAUGAAUAUUGAAUACAGUGGACCAAAUCUCAUGAGUGCUUAACAAUAAACAGAUUGUUUUAGAAUAUGUGUUUAUUUCUUAAACUUAGUCUGCAAAAGUGUUAUCAGAGUUUCCAGUAUAGAUGUGUUGCUAAAUACAUCUAUGCUGGAAAAGUAAUGUGUAGCAGGAUCUUUUUCUUAAAGCUGCCCGAUGUAAAACUUUUCACAUUCUCAAGUAGAAAAAGUGCUCUUGCCAGCAACUUGCAGAACAUUAUAUUUCAUUACAAAAUGCUUCACUUAUUAAUCAGGAGAGACGUUAAACUCCUGAAUUAUAUCUGCCUGUCAUAGUUGGAUGUCUUUCAUGCCUGAAGUCGGGGCAUGUUGAUGCAAGAGUUACCUGAGCUGACGCGUGUGGACAUUUUCCAUGACUUCUGACCUGAUAUCCCUGUCACAAUGCUGUGAUUUCUUAUUAUUACACGUUUGUGCUGAAAGAAUGGAAUAUGUACUCGGUGAGAUUUAAGAAAAUCUUUUCCAUAUAGUUUACAUAAAAUAUUGCUUCUCAUCAAAACUUCAUUUGAACAAGUUUCUAAUUACUAGAUUGAAUUAAGUAGAGUGAGCAUGAUUAUAUAUUAACAAACCAAUUUCGUAAUGAAAUUUGACAGUGGUGUUGGACAUGCUAUGUCAAGACUCAGGGGUAACAUCUUGCCGAACGCUUCAGUGAGAUGAUGACUGGACCCACACGCCGCAAGCACUUAAACUCCUCUUGCAUAGGCAUGAAUGAUUUCAUUUUCCAAUGCCUACAUCAUUCAUAAUUCUGAUAAGUUACAUUUGUCUGUCACGUUGUUUGCCAAGUUGUAUUUCUCAUUGCAUUUGUUGACCACAUUAAAGGUUACCCCAUUUGCUAAACACUGCAUGGUCUUCAAAAGAAAAGGCAUCAAAAUUGAAUCGUUUGCGUCUAAAAUGGCAGUGAAUGAAUUAUAUAACCAAUAAAUAAUGUUAAGACACAUGAGAAUGAAGUGAAAAAUGGCAAAUAACAUGAGAAAAUAAUCCUGUUCCAACAACUGUCCUAAAUAGAAACGAAGUAUUGUACAGCCUGUGUGUUGGUAUAAUUAAUAAAAGUAAAUAGAAAGGAAGAAGAAAUAUAUGAAAGAGAAAGAUGCACUGUAUGAGAAAAACUGAAAUAAUCGCUGUAAAAGUAAUUAUAGUAAUCAAAGAGCCAUUAAAAAAAUACUAAUAGUGAAGGUGAGUGCUAUAAAGAUAUGUAAGGAAUGUGGGUAAAGUUGAAAAUAAGAGGAGGUAAUGAAGGGGGGGUGGGAGUCAGGAGAUAAUUUUCUUGGGGCAAGUUUGAUCGGAUACGAUGGUUUUAACGCACAAGCCAAAUACACACGAUGUGGGUGGUAAGAUGGUGGCCAGAUGGCUUUGCUCUGAUGAGCCUGUGAGCUACCAGAUUUUAUAUAGAGCUCAGUGGUGGUAAAGCAUUAGCUUACUAGCAAUGAUGAGUGACUGCUGUGCCCUGUAAAUUUGCAGACAACAAAGUCCACAGACAUUUCUUCUGACUUUAAGAAGAAAGUUAAUUCAGGUGAGAUGCAGCAGCAGAGGGACAGUGAGGAGGAUUCACAUUACCUGUCAGCACAGUUUUUCUGUGAUCAAGUCUGGCUUGAGAAAUACAGUGAGUGAUGAGCGAUUGAGCAAUUUGGCAGCGUUAAGUGUAGCGUCAAGAAGGGCUAGGGACGGAUCUUGAUUUGUGGAUGUGUUUGCCAAAAGACACAGCAAUAGGCAAAAAGAAUGUGGCCUGAUAAAGCAAGGAUAGGUUGUGAGUAGGCUAUUGUAAAAUGUACGUUGGCCAUGAUGAUGCUUUUUUUAUUUUAUUUUUCAUUGUUGGACAUUUUUUGUUUACAAAAGUACACAGCAGCAACCAAAUAAAGCUGUAUUAAUUAAAAUA